CGAGACCGGAAGCAAAGCAAACAGACUGCUGGUACUCGAGCUCUUCGGCCCUAUCUCAGGUCGGCAUUAAUAUUUCUACUUUUAACGGCAAAAUAUGUCAAGCACUUAUCCAGUCGUGAAUGAUACAGAGGUACGUAACCGUGGUGACUUAGGAGGGACGUCAAGUCGAUGCGUUUGUCAGAGCACUGUCAGCGCUCACAGACACAGUGAACAGAAUGACCUCAGGCAAAGAGAUAGACCACACAAUGUUUCAACAGCACAGCCGCAGGCAGCAGAAGAGCCUGCACCAGGGGCUGCAUUGGUGGAUGACUGUGAGAGGCUGGGCACUCUGUUCGGAGAGCUCAAUAAGUGUUUGAGAGGUAUUGGCUUCACCCAGCUUUACUUUGGAGAGAAGAUUGUGGAGCCUGUGGUCGUGCUGUUUUUUUGGUUGCUGCUUUGGUUUCUGGGUAUCCAAGCUCUCGGCCUUGUGGGAACUCUAUGCAUUGUUAUAAUUUACAUCCAGAAAUAACAGAUGUGACUUGACUAAUGGGCAGAUGCCGCAACUGAUGUGCAUUUGCUGUUCAUAGCCAGUGCCAAUGGGAGAGAGGAAAAACUCCUUUCUGAAAAAAGCUGAUUUUAAUGAAUGCCAUUGGAGCGAAUUACCCACAAACACCGAUCUCUGUGUUUUGCCUUCUUUAUAUGUAGUUAUGCAGGAGAGGGUGUGUGAUUGUAGAUAAUAAGAGCAUUUGUUUAUAAUAUUGGGAUGAUUCAUCCAAUCUAUGCAUAGAUGUGCACUCUGCAGUAUAUACAGUAUGAAAGGUAUUUCUGAUAAGCAUGCUUCCCUUAAAAACUUGCUUUAACAAAAUGGGUGCAUAUUGAUAUGCUGACUACCACUAGUUUAAAGGACCUUUAAAUGUAAAGAAAAUUGAUCUAACCUGAUUCUACAUCUCAGAUAUACAGUCAUUUGAUAAGACAAUGGUGCAGUUGAUGAAUGUAUACUCUUCUUUGCCCAGGUCAGCCAUGCAUUCUCCACACAAUUGCACUAGAGGGCAGCCUUCUUAAUUCUCCUUUUAAAAUGUGUUGAGAAACAUACCAGACAACAGUAAUCCUUCCGUGUUAAAACUUGAAUGUGCUCAGACACUGCAUGUGAAUGUUCUUGGGCUAUUUGGGACAUCUUGCAGUUCUUAGAUGUCUCUGACAGUGUGAAUUAAAAUGAAUUAAACAAAAUGCACCUAUUGCCUAAGUAGAGAAAAAUAAUUCUUCAACUUUAUUAAAACCUUUGCACUGUAUGCUCCUGUUUAUAUUCAUUUGAUAAGAAAAGUGUUUAUUCAUAUCAGUUACUUUUACUUUGAUCUGCUCCUGCACUGUCUGUUGUUCUUAUAAAAGUAUGAUUCAAGAUCAGUUUCAAUGAAAUUAAAGAAUCAUUUGUUUUGUCAAAAUUGCAAAUACAGUAUGCAACAAAGUUUUCUAGUUAGAAUACCUCCGUUUGGGAUGACCCAUGUUCAGGCACUGUAUUCUUUAUGAAAAUAUUAUUUUUGAAAAUUAAUAAAUGAACGCUAACUUUUUAAGCAAGAUUAAGCUAUUGUUUAUAUAACUGUGAAAAUGUUUGCAAGAUGAAAUCACUUUACAUUUGUGAAAAUCAUGUUUAUUUGUAAACCAUGGUUGAUUAUGGUUAUUUGUGGUACUGCUGUAAACCAAUUAUUUAUUUGGUAUAUAAUAAUACAGUUUAUAAUUGCUGAUGCAAUGCCACUUAACAGGAUUUAGCUUUUAUAAAUACAGUAUAUCAGUCUUUUUUUCCAUUGUGAAUCAGGGACGGUUUGCAAAUGCACCCAUGCCAUGGAUCAUACAGUUUGCCAUAAUUUGAUAUAUAAUUUAUGCCACAAUGCUGUUUUUUUGGGUGGUGGUGGUUGUGGCCGAUUGUGAGAAAUACAUUUAUGUAUUGUUUAUUUUGAAAGGAUUCGUUUUAAAAAUCAUUUGCAAUGUAAUUGAAAUUUAAAGCUGCAUUAU